AUGCAAAUCAGGGACGGAAAUGGACGCUGUUGCAUGUAUGCUGAGAUGAAAGGAUUUAAACCCGAAGGAGGAUCUAAGAGCAUCACCGUGGAAGACCCACGCACGCACGCGCAACUCGUCUUCAAAGAUGGGGCGUCGGAAGUGAAAAUCAUGUCGCCGGAAGACGCCGAGCACGGCCUUGUUGAAAUGCGCUCGCUCGUCGAUCACGACAGUGCUGCGGGCCUCGGCGACUCGCACAAGAAAUUAGCGGGCGCACUCCGUGAUGUUGUGCAGGGAACGGAAGUGCCUAGCUUGAAGUACCCACUGAUGGCACACAUCAAGGCGGAGUCAGCUCUCUCCGAGUUGACCGUUCCGCCCAUUGGGGGGGCUAGCUCUGAUUUUUAUACUAACAAGGGAAACCAAGUGGAUCAUGUGGAAGACAAAGGUGACGUCAUGAUCGAGCGCGUCGAGUGCUACUAUCGAGAUGAGACGCAAAUGCAAGGCAUAGUAAUUCCAAGCAGGCUGGGGCGGGACGAAGCGAUUUUCGGAAAUGAGGAAGUCCUGCAGCCUCCGGUGGUGCACCAUCAAUGCCUCGGGAAGGCAGAAGGCUCCCCGAAGCUUUUUCAUGUUGACUUGAACACUCACCACGUGGCUUACUUCCAGGAGUUUCCCAAGGACUUGAGUCAUCGCUCAUCCGGGCUCGAGGACUACGCAGAAGAGGGGAAAACGUGGCCCGAGCGUCGGGAUCAGUGGCUCCAGAAAGGGGAGGGCGAGCACAAGCUGAGCAAACUGGGUUUUGUCUGGCAAGCCAAGCCUCCUGCGCAAAUUACUAGCGAUCCAGACCAACAACGUGCAACUACCUCAACCUCUGGUCUUGCUGAUAGUUUGGGCGAGCUGUGCAGAUUUUUUACCGCCCGCGUGUAUGACGCGAACGAGAGCGGUACAGAGUCAUCUGAGACCUGGGCCACGUCAGGCGACAAAAUCCUGGACGCACGCAUGCGCUUCGGCAAUAAAUCCCAACGCAGCGAGGAGCAAUGGAAAUGGCUCCAAAAUGUGAAAUACGCUGUCCACGGCAUCUCCAUGAAUAGGAUGUAUGAAGAGUAUGGCGUGACACCAGGAGACUUGCUCGGGUAUGCGGGAGCCACUAGCGGCACGCCUUUCCGUGCAAACAUUGCUGCGACUUCACGCGGAAACGCGUAUGGUCUGUUAAACGAUUUCAUUGGCUGCCGAAUGCCGGUCCAUGGAGGAGGAGUGCCUCUCAGCGCUGUUCGCUCGCUCAUAUUGACACUGAUGGAGUCCGCCACUGCUAACGUUGGUUACAAGAACAGACGCAUCUUCACGAGAUUCACCGGGGGAGGACAGGGAGAUCUUGUUGUGCAGCCCGUGACAAAGAUGGCGAGCCUAAAAGAACGCUUUUUGCAUGAGACGUCGUGGUACUAUACGGGAGUGGAUGGGGCCUUCUCCCAUGUGCGUUGGGCGCGAUCGCACUUUUGGUACAACUCUAAGUUCACUUGUCAAAGCUUUACGAGCGUCUUCCUUUCGGGCUUGCUCCUCUUCGCUACAACGGCCGCGAAGCUUCAAUUAGAAGGGGCAGCACAACUACAGCAAGGCGCUGAUGAGGCUACGGAGACGAAAGAAAAGAAGCUGCUGCGGUAUCUUCUGGGGCAUGAGCUUUUCGGCGCUGAGGGGGCAUGGGUAGACCAAAAGACCGGCGAACUUUUGACCGAAACACUUGCAGGCCAGUUCAAGAAGUGGAACCCUGCUUCGGGAGGGCCAGUGAUGUGGGCAGGCACCUUGGAGGCUGGUGGCAACAGAGCGCGCACCCUUCUGAGCGGGAGCUUUCCUGAAAAAACACUUAGUUGGACUCCCACAGAGAUAGGUCGCUUGCUGGGAGAGGGCCAUCAAGACCAAAGCGAGGAUGGGAAGAAGAGAGAAAACGUGUUACGCGAGUACAUCAAAACGCAGGUUGAGAAGCUUGUGCGUGCUCAUUCCGCUGCCCACGGACACGGAGGUCGUGAAGAAAGCCGGGAUCUCGUCAAAGCAGACGAAGCAAUGCCUCAGGUUCAGGAGGGCGCAACACCUCAGGAGGUUCAGAUGGAGGAAAGCCGGCAUCAGGUUCCGAUGGACAUCGACGAAGGAAAACAAGGUGAAGAGCUGAUGAAGGCGCUGGAAGGGGAAGAGGCUUUUGAGAGGCCUGGCCCAUCUGGCAGUUCUCAGGCUAGGCUUGUUAAGGAAGCGAACAGCUUUGCGCCCACGAGCAUAUCUUUCAGAGUCCCUGCAAACAGAAUGGCUGACGCGCAGGAGCUUGCAGAGGAAGGCUUCGUGCAGGGAGAAGAAGGGUCCGGGCAGGUGGUAAAGGGUGAUGCCUUCAUUGAGCAGAAGAUGCCUUACAACUUUCAACACUAUGCAGGAGAGCGAGGAGAUGAAUUCCGUCGACAGGUUUUGGAAAGUUUGGGUAUGAAAUAAGGCCAAAUGAAAAGGAAAGACGAAAUGGACGUCGCUGAACACGCGG